AUGGCGGUGGGAAAGCUGGGACAGCUGAUGACGAGGCUGCACCUGGCGAGGAGCCGACCGCCGUCGACCGCCGUCGCCAUCGGCGGCGGACGUGCCGCGGGGCCACCUGGCGGUGUACGUGGGCGAGGGGCGGAAGCGGCUGGUGAUCCCAACGGCGUGCCUGAGCCACCCGGCGUUCGUGACGCUGCUGAAGCGGGUGGAGGACGAGUUCGGCUUCGACCACCGCUGCGGCGGCCUCACCAUCCCCUGCGCGUCGGAAGGCGACUUGGUCGACAUCGUCAGCGCCGCCGUGGACGACCACCACCACCAUCACCGAUGAGUGAUGAUCGUGCCCGUGCCGAUCGAGUCGGUCGAUCGAGCUCUGAUCGUUAG